AUGAGCCAUAGGAAGUUUUCCCUGCCUCGGCACGGCCACCUGGGCUUCAAGCCACGCAGGAGGACCAAACACCACCGCGGCCGCAUCCGCUCCUUCCCUAAGGACUCGAAAGCCAAGCCUCCUCACUUGACUGCCUUCGCAGGUUUCAAGGCCGGCAUGACCCACGUCCUCCGAGAGAAUGAACGGCCGGGUACCAAGACCUUCAAAAAGGAGAUCGUCGAGGCCGUGACCGUCAUCGAGACUCCCCCUAUUGUGGUUGUGGGGCUGGUCGGAUACAUCGAGACUCCGAGGGGGCUGAGGUCGAUCGGGACUGUCUGGACCAAGAAGCUGGACAAGAACACUCUCCGGCGGUUCUACAAGAACUGGCGCAACGCCAAGAAGAAGGCCUUCUCGAAGUACAACGAGAAGAAGGACGACACCCUGGAGAAGCAGCUGAAGAGGAUGGCCAAGUACUGCACCGUCAUCCGGGCGAUCUGCCACACCCAGCUCACUCUGCUGGGCGGAAUCUCCCAGAAGAAAAACCAUAUCUUCGAGGUGCAGAUCAACGGCGGCAAGAACGCCCAGGAGAAGAUCAACUUCGCCGGGGUGUUCGAGAAGGAGGUCCGGGUUGAGAACGUGUUCUCUAACAACGAGAACAUCGAUGUCAUCGGGGUCACCAAGGGCAAGGGCUUCUGCGGGGUCAUGAAGCGGUUCGGCGUUAAGCAUCUGCAGAAGAAGUCCCACAGGGGCUACAGGAAGGUCGGCUGUAUCGGGGCCUGGCAUCCUUCGAGGGUGUCCUGGACUGUCGCCCGGGCGGGGCAGCUGGGCUACCACCACCGGACCGAGCUCAACAAGAAGAUCUACAGACUGGGGCAGGGCGCGCAGGGCUGCCAGAACAACGCCUCGACCAAGACCGCCACCGAAAAGAGCAUCACCCCGAUGGGCGGGUUCCCCCACUACGGUGUCGUCAACGACGACUUCAUCAUGAUCAAGGGGCUGCUUGUGGGCCCCAAGAAGAGGAUCGUGAUGCUGCGGAAGUCCCUGAUCACCCACACCAGCCGCAAGGCCCUCGAAGAGAUCGAGCUCAAGUUCAUCGACACGUCCUCGAAGAUGGGCCACGGGCGGUUCCAGACCACCGCCGAGAAGGACGCGUUCUACGGCCGCACCAAGAAGGACAAAUGA